UCUUAUUACUCCCGAACUCGCUAACCUCAUCUUCCUCUUCGCCUGCAACCGUGUAGGCCGUUCUCUGCUUCUUCUGCUCCCUAUCACUUUUCUUGCUCUCUCUCUCUCUCUGAGCAUUUCAGAGUCGGAUUCGAAGCAGAAGUGUUGCACCGAACUGAAUCCAAUCAAGAGUAAGUAGCUUUUUCAUUGGCUCCUACUUCGCUGAACAUGGUUUCAAUGGCCAUUAUACCUUGUGGAACAUCAAUUGCUCAAUUGGGAAUCCGUCCUCAGUGCAUGCUAAGACCUUCAACAAAUAAGAUAUCUCCAAUCCAAUGUGGUGUCACAAGCAGGAUUGGCAACAUAGGUGCACUGAGCUCAAGUUUCUUCUCUCGGGGUUCCUUCAGUGUUCUAUUUGACACAAGAUCCUCACAAACUUUACAUCGACGAAGAGGCGGGUUGCUUGUUGUUAGAGCAGAUAGUGAUUUUUACUCUAUCCUUGGAGUGUCAAAAAAUGCCAGUAAAUCUGAUAUUAAAAGUGCUUACCGGAAACUGGCGAGGAGUUACCAUCCAGAUGUGAACAAAGAUCCUGGGGCUGAACAAAAGUUCAAGGAAAUUAGUAAUGCUUAUGAAGUCUUGUCUGACGAUGAGAAACGCUCACUCUACGAUAAAUAUGGAGAGGCUGGCCUUAAAGGUGCUGGUAUGGGCAUGGGGGAUUUCAGUAAUCCUUUUGAUCUCUUUGAGUCUCUAUUUGAGGGCAUGGGUGGCAUGGGCGGCAUGGGCGGCAUGGGAGGUAUGGGCAUGGGAGGCAGAGGUUCAAGGAGUAGAGCAGUUGAUGGACAAGAUGAGUAUUACAAUCUCGUGUUGGACUUCAAGGAGGCUGUUUUUGGUGUCGAAAAGGAGAUUGAGAUUAGCAGACUGGAGAGCUGUGGGACUUGUGAAGGAUCUGGUGCUAAACCUGGAACCCAACCAACGAGAUGUAGCACAUGUGGUGGUCAAGGUCAGGUCGUCUCAUCAGCCAGGACUCCUUUAGGUGUCUUCCAGCAGGUCAUGACUUGCUCUUCAUGUGGCGGAUCUGGUGAAAUAUCCACACCUUGCAACACAUGUUCUGGGGAUGGGCGAGUACGGAGGACAAAGCGGAUAAGUUUAAAAGUUCCAGCAGGCGUUGAUGGUGGUAGUCGUCUAAGAGUUCGAAAUGAAGGGAAUGCAGGAAGACGAGGUGGAUCUCCUGGGGAUCUUUUUGUUAUUAUCGACGUUACACCUGACCCUGUCCUAAAACGUGACGAUACCAAUAUCUUGUACACUUGCAAAGUGUCCUACAUCGAUGCCAUCUUGGGCACUACCAUCAAGGUUCCAACGGUAGAUGGCAUGGUUGAUCUGAAAAUCCCUGCGGGGACACAGCCAAAUACAACACUCGUGAUGUCAAAGAAAGGAGUUCCUCUUCUGAACAAAAGGAACAUGAGGGGAGAUCAGUUAGUUCGCGUGCAGGUCGAAAUCCCGAAAAAGUUGAGCAGCAACGAGAGGAAGUUGAUCGAGGAACUCUCGGAAUUGAGCAAAGGCAAAGCUGUGAGCAGUAGAAGAUAAUAGCGGUUGCAUUGAAGAAGUAAAGGCAGAUCAGAAAGGAAUUGGAAGGAUCGAUACAUGUAGGUUGUAGCGUAGUAGGUAAUUCAAUAUAAUUAGUACAAUUUUGUCAACAAUAUUAUGAAUGAUAUGAUAGGAAGAAAUGUAACUCAAAGAUGAACACUCUUUGAUCAACAAUAUUUCAGUACCUGGUGGGAUUGGUUCACUUAAA